CUAUAGGUCAGUCAGUAAAAAGCCGUGAUAUUGUUAACGUCUAACAUAACUUAUAGAAAUGUUUAGUUGAAGUUAAAAAUAAAAAUAGAAAUAAUAAUUGUUUAAAAUGUCAUAUCAAACGUCAUAUGAUUCAAAUGGUGGAAAACCAUUUAAGCCAAACAAAGAUCGUGGAUUUUGGUCAAGUUCAAGUGAUUUUUUCUAUGCAUGCGUGUGUAAUUCAUUUCGAAUGGAUGUUGCAUUUGGAGUUGCAGCUGUUCCAUUUAUAACACAUGGAGGAAUUUUCAUGUUUUUGGCAUUGGUUAUGAAUGUUAUCCUCUUCACCUAUCCAAUCGUAUUUAUGCAAUCAUUUUUGGGACAAUUUUCAAGCUCAGGUUUUAUUUCAGCUUUUCGAGUUGCUCCAUUAUUUAAAGGUGUUGGUUACAUUGCUCUUGCAAUGAACGUAUGCUCCUUAACAUUUUAUGCUAUUUAUACUGCUGUCCCAAUUUUAUUUCUAAUAUAUUCUCUAAGUCCAACACUUCCCUGGAGUUGUGAAGCGUGGUUACUUCGUAAUAAAAGUUAUGAUGAUUCUCAUUGCAGUGAUUAUAAUGAAACUGAGGAACUGGACUCAUAUUAUCAUUUAAUGCAAAUUCCGUCAGUGGAGUAUUUUUCGGAACAAUUUCAAACAGCAUUUUCAUUUUCUUUAUACGGAUGUGUUAUUCUUGUUUGGAUAGCCGUUUCACUUACACUUUGUAACACCACUGAAAAGAUUGGACAAAUUCUACGAUAUUCUUCGCUUAGUCUAAUUGCUCUCCUAAGUAUAGUCUCCCUUCGAAUGAUGUUGCUGCCAGGAUCUAUGACAAAUAUUCACAAACAUAUUCAAUAUCAAACCGAAUUUGAUUUUAAAAUGUGCUUCUUUAUGGCUCCAAUGCUGACACUUGCUACUUUUGGUCCUGGAUGGGGUUCUAUUUUAAGCAUGGCCAGUUAUAAUAAUUUUAAAACUGACAUUAACAAAUAUAGUUGGUUGAUUUGUUUUUCACAACUUGGAGUUUUGGUUUUACUUGGAUUGUUGUGCAUGUUUACGGAAUCUCAUUUGACAUCUAUUAGACCAAAUAUGGUAGUACCAACUUACGAUCAACAAUGGACAUCUUUUCUUAGUAUUCCAAGUUCUUUGGCAACUAUGGAAUUUCCACAUCUAUGGACUUGGAUGUUUCUGGCUGUUCUUAUUACUGGAACUUUUAAUCUCAUGAUAACUCAAAUGUUCUCGAUUCUAACAGCUCUCUUUGAUGAAUUCGAAAUACUACGUCUUUAUAAAGUUGAAGUAACUUUGGGGCUUUCUGGCGUAUUAGCACUUAUUUCUGCUUAUUUUUGCACAGAGAAUGGAAUUUACUUUACCGAAAUAGUAGCUGAAUUAAGUAUUUCAACACAAGCAAUUUGCAAUCUAAUGCUUUUGAUAAUUGUUGUUUGGGUAUAUGGCAGGGAACGUUUUCAACGUGAUGUUGAAUUUAUGACAAGUCAGGCUCUACAAACGUGGAAAAUCAAUAUUGUUAGAUUUGUUACACCAAUAUUCUUAGGAGUAACAUUGCUUAUUGGAUUUAUAUUAUUAAUGUUUAGUAGUUAUCGUUAUGGUGUUCCACAAAGUAUUAAUAUUGGUGUUUAUAUAACAUUGAUCACAUGGCUUGCCCUACCGGUAUAUUGUGUAUUUCAACUGUUGCAAACAAACGGAACUCUGGGGAUGAGAUUUAAAAGAUGUGUUAAGCCAACAGAUUGGUAUCCAACUGAUGCUGAACAAAGGCAACAGUAUGAAGAGACAAUUGAUAAUCCUGAAACAUUCCAACCGUUGACAACUAUAGUUCUGUAAAAUAAAUCUAUAUUAAGUAUUAGAA